AUGGUGACUGUGUCGGAGUUUUUUCGCUCUCCUUCGCUGGAAUUUUUGGAGGAGUGUACAAAGGAUCAGCUGCUGGAGAUUGGUCGUUAUUAUGGCGUUGAGAUUGAUAGCAAACGUCUUAAGGAGAAUUUUAAGGCCAUCCUGAUUGCCAAUUUGACGGAGAAAGGUGUUUUUUUGGCUAAGCCUCCGUCGGAUUCUUUGCCGGGUGCAGCUUCGCUGACGCCGGGUGCGGUUUCGUUACCGCCGGGUUUGACGUUUGAGCAGCAAAGGGAAUUGCUGCGCUUACAGUUUGAGAUUGAACGCGUGAAGCUGGAGUCAAUAAGGGAAAGCAGGCACAGUGACGCUGCGGUGCGCUCGUUGUCGGGUUCCUCUGCUGCCGACACUUUUGAUGUUCUUGGUAACUUGCGCCUUUUGCCUCAGUUUCAGGAGAACGAUCCGGACUCUUUUUUCCUGAUUUUCGAGCGGUUGGCCGACGCACGUAAGUGGGACAGUUCGGCGCGCGCUCUGUUGUUGCAGUGCGUUCUGGUGGGCCGCGCUCAGGAGGCGUUUUCUGUGCUGUCCGUGUCGGAUAGCCAGGAUUAUGUUAAGGUGAAGGCGGCUGUUUUGCAGGCUUAUGAGCUGGUGCCUGAGGCAUACCGACAGCGGUUUCGGUCUUGCGGAAAGGCCGCUGGGCAGAGUUAUCUCGAGUUUGCUCGGGAUUUGAAGUUGCAUUUCACGCGCUGGUGCUCAGCUGCGAAAGUGGCUGAUUUUGAGCGGCUGUGUGAGUUGAUUCUCUUGACGUACAUCUGUGAGCAAAAGGCCGAGACGGUGGCUGUGGCUGCGGCGCUGGCGGAUGACUAUGUUUUGACUCAUAAGUCCCAGUUUCUGUAUAGUGAUGGGCCUUCUCCGGGUAGUGGGCGUGGUGAGUGCCGAGCUGCGUCCGUGCGUCGUGGGGAUGUGUCGUCUGACGCGCGUGCCGGGGCGGACGUGUGCCACUACUGCCGUGAGAGGGGCCACUGGAAGGGGGAUUGUCCUGUGUUGUCAUCUAGGGGGAAAACCUCGGCACAGAAUGUUAAUCCGACCGCGUUUGCAGAUCCGGGUGGUUCUCCUGUUGCCGCUGCUGGAGUGUGCACUUCAUUUCCUUCGAAGACUCCUAUUCGGAUUCUGAGAGACACGGGUGCGUAUGAUUCGUAUGUCGUGGGUUCGGUCCUCCCGUUCUCUUCCCGUUCGGCUACUGGUGAUUAUGUUGUGGGUCGUGGCAUGGGCUUGACGACGUUGCCUACUCCGUUGCAUAGAGUGGUUUUGGACUGUGAGCUGGUGCGUGGGGAAGUGUCUGUGGGCGUGCGGGCCGCGUUGCCCGUGGAUGGAAUUCAUUUUAUUUUGGGGAAUGGCCUGGCGGGCGGCCGUGUUUGGUCUGCUGAUCCCUUCUUGCUGCGCGCUGCCGGUUCGCUUGUUGGUGACAGUGGUGUUCGUGUGACAGCCUCCCCUGUGGUUGCGCUGUGUCCGUCUGUUCAGGGGGGUGGGUUGUCUCCGCCUCCUAGGGUGUUUCCAGCGUGUGCCGAUAUGCGUGCUAUGUGCGCGGCUUCGCUGGAUGCGGUCGCUGUGAGGGAGGACGUUGCUUUGUCUGUGGCAGAUUUUCCUCUUGAGGUGUCUCACGAGGAGUUGGUCCGGGAACAGCGUGCUGAUCCGUCUUUGACAGUGGCCUUUGGUCUGGCUGUCCCAGGGGCGGCAAUAGCAAGCGUGGCGAGUGGGUACUUUGUGCAUGAUGGUUUAUUGUUUCGGAAGUGGACAUUUGGGGGCGACCGGGCGCGUGAGGUUGUGUUUCAGCUGGUGGUUCCAUCUAUAUUUCGCACUGUUGUCCUCGGAGUUGCUCAUGACGACUCUGGUCAUUUUGGUGUGCGGAAAACAUAUUUGCAUCUCCGCAGGCAUUUUUUCUGGCCGGGGGCGAAAAAAGAUGUGUCUGCUUUUCUUAAAACGUGCCGGGUCGUCCGUUCCGGUGCCGGAUGACCCCUGCUGUGUUCGGUCGGGGCGUGACAUUGCUAGAGCUGAUGCGUUGUCGAGGGCUCCUGUGGUUCGGUCUGUGGGUUCCCUGGUGUGUGGUGGUUGCCCUGUUUCUCACCUUCUCUUCCCCUUUAGGUGCCGGUGGAGGUGAUGGUGAGGGUAAAUUUGGUUGGGUGUUUGUACACGUUUGUUUUUGUUUUGGUUUUGUUUCGGUGGUUCACGGGGAUGACUCCCCAUGACCCCCGUUUUUAUGGGGGGUGGUGUUACGACCCCUUCUUCUUUUGUGGCUUUGUUAAUUAUGUUUGUGUGCAGGUGCAGCUGGAGUAUUCGGCGGGGCGUAUAUAAGACCCGCCUACAAUCGGCCUGGGCUCUUCUUUCUUUGCUCCGCUCCCAGGCCGGACCUGCGCCGUUGCACCUCGCGUUUGUGUUUGGUUU